AUGGCACAGCAGGCAGAAGAAAAGAAACAUUCUGCCACAAGUUAUUAUUGUGGUACUAUUUGGAACAAUAAGGAUCUCUUGUUUGCCAUCUUUGCUGAAAACGAAGGCUUUUUGUAUGCUUCCUGUCUUUUUGAUGAGACAAGACCUGAUGCGAUUGCCAUUUUAUUCAAUGAUGUAAUUUCUUCUUCACUUGAUGACAUUCAGGGCCUACAUGCUUACCAGCCUGUGCUCUCUACACUAGGACAUCUUUGCCAAUCACAAACUGGCCAUGAACUACAACGAAAGAAUCCUGUCUGGAGUCACCAACUUACUCAAGUGGAUUGGACACCCCGUGCUCUGUCUAUAUCACAGCAACAAGAAAGUAUGCUACGCAUAGCAACAAAAGAUGAUUUGGAUUUGCUACGUCCUUGGACAAUUGCGUUUAUUAAGGACGUAUUUGGAGAUACAAAUGUCAUUCUGGAAUCUGUAGAGAGUAUUUGUAGAGACAUGAUUGAGUCUCGUUCAGUCUAUAUGCUGUGUAUAAAUGGUGUGCCUGUAACAAUGGCAAGAAAAGUGCGACCACUCAAAUACGGUUGCUCACUUGCUUAUGUCUAUACACCAGAAGAGCAUCGUCAUAAAGGCUAUGGAGAGGCCUGUGUGUCCAUGGUAAGUAACCUGCUUCUCAAGGAAUUCCAGUACGUCACUUUGUUUGUAGAUAUAGAAAUAGAUCCUCAUAACAAUUUAUAUACCCGUGUUGGUUAUGAGCAUUAUGGUGAAGCAGGUCGCUUUGUACUUUUAAAAUAA